GUUCAAGGGAGUGACCAGCUUGUGUUGCAGAGUUCACCAUCAUGCCGCUGUUGAGAAGCAUCGAGGAGGUUUCCAAAUCGUCAGAGGAGGAGGUUGAGGUGAAGAGGAAACCGGCUUUGAGACGCCCAGCUGCUGUGGAAACUCCGAUUGAAGCAUCAGCGGAACCGCAUGAGGAAGCUGCCGCCACCCCUGUGCCCAAGUUGAAGCCUAAGCCCAAGAUGAAGUCGGCUCCGGAGGGUGCGCCCGCUCCUGCAGCCAAGCCCAAGCCAGCUGGCAAGGUGCUGCCUAGGAAGAGGCCUGCUGCAGCGUCAGCAGAAGUGAAAGCGGAGAAGAUCCCAAAGGUUGGCCCUAUUUCGUACUACAAGAACAACAACUCGUGGGGAAUCAAAUAUGAUGGACGCGAGCCGCUGCGGGUGGGUGGCAAAGUUUAUCCAAAGGAGAAAUCGAAAGAAAUUGCUGAGUUCUUGGUUGAGAAGUUGAAGGGCGGUACAUCCCUGGAAGAGUGUAAGCAGCUUCGUGUUGAAAUGCAGCGGGCUGUCCUGGAUGAGGUUGUGAACUCAUCGCGUUCAACGGCUACUGAUUCAGCAGGAGAUGCUGCUACUCCAGAGGCUGUGGCGGCAGAAAUGACCUCUCUUGCUGAGCAGCAAGAGCAGGAGGGGCACGAGGAGGAAACGCCUGCCAAAGAUGAAAUUGUAGAGCCUGACGAAUGUGUAGAGGUGAUUCCUCCCGAGGAUAUCAGCUGAUUCUAUUGGUAGAUUGACCACUUUGGUGACUUGCAAACAAAGCCAGCGCGUGAGCUGAACAGUUGCAAGUGCAGUUGUGAGAGCGUCUUGUGUAAACACAGUUUACAGCAUUGUUUGAAUGAUAGAAGUAUGGUGUCAGACAGUCACUCCUUUCCCUCAAUCUUUCUCUGGCUGCCAACCCCUUCUUUGUUUGAGCCCUUGGAACAUUCAUUAAUUGUGG